CCUGCUGGCGGAGGGCGAGGUGUACUGGGCGGCUGUGGCGCGGGUGGAGGAGCUGCUGCCUGCACUGCUGCCGGGGGUGGCAGCUUUGCCUUCUGAACGAGGUCAUGCGCCGAUGCAAGCACCACUACCGUCGCUGCCGAAACAGCAGCAGCAGCAGCAGCCACAUGACCUGCAUGAGGGAGGGAAACAGGCGGGAGGGAGCUCAAUGGUAGCGGCUUUGGCUGCGGAUGGCGAUCCCAAUCCAGAUGGAAAGGUGCUUCCAAACCCGGCACCACCAGCAGCCGCAUUACCAGCACCACCAGCACCAUCAGCACCAGCACCACCAGCGACAGCAGCACCAGCAGAUGCAGCACCAGCAGAUGCAGCACCAGCAGCACCAGCACAUGCAGCAACAGCACCAGCAGCACCAGCACCACCAGCACCAGCAGCACCAGUAGCAACAGCAGCACCAGCACAUGCAGCAGAAGCAUGUCCGGACCCCUCCGCCGCGCUGCUAGCGCUGCUGCUGGCUGCUCCCGCGCUGUACGUGCUGCUGGGCUUCCGGUUGACGGCCGGCAGUGCUGCGGGGAGGGGGCUGGCGGCGCUGCCCUCGGUGCGGGAGUGCGAGGCGGCGUUUGAGGCGAGGCAUGCGCCGCCGGGCAAUGCGAGCGUGCUGAGCGUGGGUGCCCGGGCGUUGUCCAAGCACACCCACCGCGACCUACGUGGAGAGUGGUGGCCUGCGCUGACCGGCAGCGAGGCGAACAAGAACCAAGUGGCCCGUGGGUCGCUGCGGCGGCUGCUGGCGGGCGCGUUGUGGCUCAACUGCCACCAACUGCCGCCGUUUGAGGCGCCCAAGUUCGUGUUGGAGAUCCGCAAUGAGCAGGGCUACGGUGCCCGGUGGGCUGUCGAGGAGGCAACCGUGGCAUCAGAGGCCUCCCCUCGAAAGGUGGAGGGCACGCCGCGCCCGCAUGACUGCACAGCGGGAGGAGCAAGUGCGGCAGCAGCAGCUGCCGCUGCUGCUGUUUCCGUCGCGGCAGACGCGGUGACAGCGGCGGCGGUGGCGGCAACAGCGGCAGCUGGACCUCCAACAGCGAUGCAAGAAACGGCACUGACGGCAGUGUCAUCAGGCUCAUCACCAAUACCUUCUCAACUAACGGUAUCGGCAACGGUAAC